AAAGCUCUUCAGUGAGUUAUCAGGUGCUUGGUAAUUGCUACUUCAUGAGGUCCAAAGCCCCAGAAGUACCGGUAUAACAAGGAAGCAUAACUUUAACAGGGAACAUUAGUUUGUGUAAGACCGCCAUGGACAGGCCAACCGCGGUGCCAAGGCCGCUCAAAGGCCCCUGUGACAUCACAAAGGCAUGGCUGCAGGAUAUGCUGAGUCGCAAGGAUGGGUGGCAAGUCAUCGUCCAUUUUCACCGGAUGGAGACGCCUGAAUCCCAAGAAGGAUAUCUUAGUGAGAUUCGAUUCCUUUGGGUAAAGUAUUACCGGCAUGAUGGGAGUUCCCACGAGCGCCAUCUUGUCUUUAAAUUCCUACCGGUUCUCCAGUCGAAACGCCAUUUUGUCCUGAACGAGAACAUUGGUAAAAGGGAAGUUAACGUCAACCGCUUCUUUAUUUCGGAAGAGCUGGCGACGCUUUGCAGGAUCCAUAGCGUGAGGCUCCCGGUGCCGGAUGUUUACUACGCUGGCAUGGGGCCUGAUGCGCUGACUUUGGUUCUGCAAGACAUGCGGAAAGACGGAUUUCAGAAUAUCCCUUCCACACACGGAAUUAACUUCCAGCAGACAGCAACUGCUCUGCGGACCAUUGCCGUCAUCCACGCUGUCGGUCUGACAUAUCUGGAACUUCACGGAAUCGAAAGCUUAAGCAAGCACAUUCCCGAACUCUCAUCUGUUGACGCCUUUCUUGACACCUACCUCCUGUCCGGGCUCCGUCGUCUGACCUCCUUGUAUGAAGGGACGUCUAUCGCAGAGGUUCUACGAGCUCUUUCCGGAGUGGUCGGAUGUCUACGGAUGCCUUCAGCGGACGUCAGGCUUCCCAGUACUCUGAUCCACGGCGACCUCUGGGCGGGUCAGCUCAUGUACUCAGAAGACCAGUCACAGGUUAGCAUUCUCGACUGGCAGUUUGCGAGCACCGGGAGCCAAGCCACUGACAUCGUCUCAUUACUGUUAAUGAGCAGUGAAGCUGAAGUGUAUGAGGAACACCUGGCGGAGGCACUGUCAUCGUACUGGCACUCUUUCACCAGCACCCUCAAGAUCUUUGAGAGGCCACCGAGUCUCGCCUAUGAGGAUCUUGUGGACGCAGUGGACAAGUCUUGGCAGGUUGGAUUCAUGAUGUUGAUGACGAGCCUCGAGAGCCAUUUGGAUCAGGGGAAAAUAAGCGAGGAGAGGGUGAAGAGGGUCGUUGCUUUCCUAGACAACAAAAGGAUUUUUGAAACCGCUCUCGAUAAUCGGUACUGACUUAGGAA